GCAGCCGUCUCGCAGUGAUCGGAGAUGGGUGGGCAAUUCAAACCCAAGAAGAAGAAGAAGAAGAAGAAAGAAGAGUAUUAUUAAUUACUUGACCAAGACCUACUACCUAUAUAUCUUUCAGUUUCUGUUACAGACCCCCCCUCUCUCUCUCUCUAUCUCUCUCUCUGUUUGUGUAUAUAGUUGGCUUGUGUGGGAUGGCCGUACAGUGGCUUCUGGUGUGUCACGGCCUGGUCACGCUGCUGGUGGUGAUCUCAUUCCUCUGUGGGCAAUGGCCAAUAUUUCAGGGCACUUUCAUCGAACGCAUUCACUUCUUCCUCACCUUCGGUGCCUACGAUCAUUUCCGGCGAAUUGUUCGGCGAGUGUUCGGCUCUAGAGGCAUCGAUGCGGUUCUUUCCGUGGAGUACUACUGCUGCGACCGACCUAACCCUAUCUUACAGAUUAUAUAUUUGGCAAUAGUUGGAGGUACUUAUUACCUUGUUGUAAAUUCCUCUUUCAGCUAUAUACCUGGAUAUUAUUUAAGUGAAGUUCACAGGUACACAAGCUCGUUGGCCGUUGGUGUGGGUAUUAUACUCUUUCUAUUGACUAGCUUUUCUGAUCCGGGAACUGUCAAUGCAGAGAAUGUUUCUCAAUAUCUCUCUGCAUAUCCCUAUGACAACAUCAUCUUCUCAGAGAAAGAAUGUUCAACUUGCAAAAUACUGAAGCCUGCUAGGUCCAAGCACUGCAGCAUCUGUGAUCGGUGUGUUGCUCGGUUUGACCAUCAUUGCGGAUGGAUGGUUCGGCUUUACCUUAUCUCUUUAACAAAAAAUAAUUGCAUAGGGGAGAGGAACACUCGAUUCUUCAUGGCUUUUCUUCUUUGGCAUUUCCUUCUUUGUGUAUAUGGAACAGUAGCCCUUGGGUUGGUUCUUGCUGGGCAAGUGAAAGAAUUUAAAGUUAUUUAUAUUCUAACAGUUUAUUACGGGAUUGAAAAUUCAUUCCGCACUUUGGCUCCACAUGUUGUUCAGUGGUUGUUGGGAUCUUACAACACCCAAAUACUUCUUAUGGUGUUUCUGGCCAUCGUUUCUCUGCUACUAGCUGGUUUCUUUGGGUAUCAUGCCAAUCUGUGUCUCACAAAUACCACCACAAAUGAGACUUUCAAGUGGGCAGAUUACUUAAGGUGGCACAAGAAGGUACAGGAAGCAAAGAGAAGUUCACAAGAACUCAAAGCAAGUAUAAGUGGUCUGAACAACGAGAGGAUCCGUCCAGAGAGCAAAUGGAAGUCCCUCUGUGGUAGAUCUCGCUUGGAAGAAAAGGAGAUUGUCAAGGUUAAUGCAGUUAAUGCAUACAAUAAAGGGUGGUUGCACAAUCUCAAUGAAAUAGCCUUUCCCCUCUCAGCAAGAUCGUCAUUUUCCCAGGCUAAAUCAAAAUCAGGUUAAUUGUUGCUGUCGAAUGAAUUUCACUCGGGAUUAGACAGGGUUAUUCCUUCUGAACAGUUGCCUGUUGGUGUGAUCCUGAUUUUAUUGGGUCUGCCUACAGCCACAAUGGAGGAUGAUGUGAAUCAGUGCUUAUUUAUUACCACUUUGUUUUCA